AUGAGCACCUCGGCGGCGGCGGCCCCCGUCAGGCUGAUGCCCGGCGGACGCCCGGAGCAGGCGGCCGCCUGCGCUCCCGCCGCGGGCUCGGCGGCCGAGCGGGGCAGCCCCGCCGCCAAGGUGCCCGGCGCACCCGCGCCCGCCGCCGCCCCGCCGCGCCCCGUGCCCGCCCCCGCGGGGUCCCCGGUGCCGCAGGCGGCCGCUCCCGGGGUCCCGCGGCCGGUGGCGCUCAAGGGUCCGCCCACGGCCACCCUCCAGUUGCCGGCCAACUUGCAGCUGCCCCCAGGAACUGUUCUUAUCAGAAGCAGUAGUGGCCACCUAAUGCUAGUAUCUCAACAAGCAAUAGCACGGGCACAGAACCAGUCACAAAAUAACACAAGUGUGAGACCAUCUGUGCCAACCAGCACGCCUGCAAUCAGAAUAUGUGCUGUACAGAACUCUGGCACCCAGUUAGUAAAAAAAGUAGCAGCUUCUCCUGUGAAAACAUUAUCUCAAACAACAAAUGCUGUGGUUUCUACUGUUCAGCCACCUGCUGUAAUACGGCCAACAGCUGCAACACCUAAUGUUACUACAGUUACUGCUGCAAAGCCUUCGAGUACUGGAACACCUGUAAAACUUCCAGUUACAGGACCACCUGCACAAGCUAUCUCCCAAAAGGCAGUCUCUGUGAAAGCAGAGGGCACAACAGUAGCACAGACCAGCGCUUCUACAGAGAUGCUAGAGAAUGUGAAGAAAUGCAAGAAUUUUCUUGCUACGCUAAUAAAAUUGGCAUCUAGUGGACCUCAAGCCCCUGAGAUGGGGCAGAAUGUGAAGAAUCUGGUGCAAAAUCUAUUGGAAGCAAAAAUUGAACCAGAAGAAUUUACGAAAAAGCUAUACACAGAGCUCAAGUCAUCUCCACAACCAUAUUUAGUUCCUUUUCUCAAGAAAAGCAUGCUUGCCUUACGGCAACUAAUGCCUAAUCCUCAGAGCUUUAUCCAGCAGUGUAUGCAGCAGCCAGCUACAACCCAAGAAGUGGUUUCGACUUGUACCUCUGCAGGACCAGCUCCUUCGACAGGAGUGGUAACCUCAGCUGUAGCAACAACUGCUCUACCAGUUAUAAAACCCGUGGCUGCCUCUGUAACAGUCACAGCCCCUCUAGUUGUGAAGCCACUCCUUGCCAGCACGUCGGAAACACCUUCUCUGCAGACUGUGAAGCCUGUUCCUUCCUCUGCAGUGGUGACAGCAUCUCUUCAGCCAGCUUCGGUCCUCACCACAACGAUAGCAGCAUCAGGGCUGACUGCUGUCCAACCUGUCAAGCCAGUCUUCACCUCUGCGGUACCAUCGUCCGCUCUCCAGUCUGCAAAGCCAGUGCUGGUCUCUGCAGUGGCCUCUUCAUCAACGACCCCUCUCCAGCCUCUGAAACAAGUCAUUGGAACCCCGAUCGGUAUUAAAAUCUCUCAGCCCAGCUCUGUUGUUACGCAGUCAGUGUGUGCUCAGCACGUGGUUAAAGUGAAACAGUUGGUAGUCCAGCAACCAUCAGGAACUAUUGUAAAGCAAGUAUCCACGCUCCCACAACCCUCAGUGCUCACCCUACAGACAUCUGCUGACAAGAAGAUGCCGCUGAAUACACUUGUUCAAACCAACCAGUUUCCUGCAGGUUCCAUUCUGAAACAAAUUACCCUGCCAGGAAAUAAAAUUCUGUCGCUUCAAGCAUCUCCUGUUCAGAAGGCAAAAAUGAAAGAGAACGGAGCAACAUCCUUCAGAGAUGAAGAUGACAUAAAUGAUGUGACUUCUAUGGCUGGGAUCAAUCUUAAUGAGGAGAAUGCGUGCAUUUUGGCAUCAAACUCUGAGCUCAUUGGUACAGUGAUUCACUCUUGUUCAGAUGAACCAUUUCUCUCUUUGGAAGCUCUUCAGAAGAAGAUCUUGAACAUAGGUAAAAGGCAUGACAUUACGGAACUUAACUCUGAUGUUGUGAACUUGAUCUCCCACGCUACACAGGAGAGAUUACGAGGGCUCCUAGAAAAACUAACUGUAAUUGCUCAGCACAGAGUAUCAACCCACAAGGGGAGCGAUAAGUACAUCGUUUGUAGUGACACCAGAGCACAGCUGAGAUUUCUUGAAAAGCUUGAUCACCUAGAGAAGCAGAGAAAAGAUGAAGAGGAACGUGAAAUGUUGCUUCGAGCAGCCAAGAGCCGUUCCAAUAAAGAAGAUCCAGAGCAACUGCGGUUAAAGCAGAAAGCGAAAGAGAUGCAGCAGUUGGAGUUAGCGCAGAUGCAACAAAGAGAAGCCAACCUCACAGCUUUGGCAGCCAUUGGACCGAGGAAGAAAAGACCUUUGGAUUCAUCAAAUGUUGGAUCUGGGCUGGAGGGUUUGAAUGGCAAUGGAACUGCUCCUGGAUCAUCAGGUUUUAGCCUUACAAAGCCGAUGCUCUGUCCAAGAGUAACCCGUGUCUGUCUCAGGGACUUGAUAUUCUGCAUGGAACAAGAGAGGGAUAUGAAGCAUUCUCUACACUUGUACCGUGUUCUUCUGAAGUGAUUUGAAUUUUACAUUUCACCUUGCUGUCUACUGCCAAAGAAAACACUGAAGCAUUGUUGCACUGUCUUGAAAUUACAAUUUCUGGAAAAUGAUCCGUUGUAAGGAUAACUCUUGUUUACAGAUAAACAUUUUUAUUAAAUACCUAACUGAGCACCUGUAAGGUUUUUAAUAAUAUUUGGCUUAAAUCAGUCUGUAAACCAGUGAGAACACUGAGCUGCACACAACAAGCACCUGACUACCUGCUUACAUUUAACUGUCGUGCAGGCUCUGAGGGCUUGAUAAGUGUCCCUAGUUUGUGUAUGUCAUUUGCUUCAGUACUCCAGAGUCUGCAACAUCUGUUCUAUGUGUGGUGCCACCUUCUAAUCCAACCUUAUUUAGGGAAACAAAUAACACUUUAAUGGCACUGCAUAGCAUGGCAACUGUAUUUAAUGAUGAACCAGCAGUCAGUCAACAUGCUAAUGUAUUGCCUGUCUGACUCAGCAUCCUGUCAAAUUUUCUGGGGUUACAAUUAAUGCUGGAUGCUCAUUUUUGGAGAGAAAGUAGUAAGCAAAAGGAAUGAGGGGUCCUUUCUACCCUGCACUUUGCCUCAGUUGCCCUCAAGUGGCUGAGGGAAGGUGAACAAAUCGGUUACUCUUGUGAUUGAAGUACAUCAGGCAGUGUAGUUAGGGCAUACUUCAAUGUUUGGGUAAAAUUUGGAGUUACUAAAAAUACAAAGGGUGAAAGAUCCUAAAAAGGAAGGGUAAACAGAAAGAACAGUUGAUCUUUCUCUAGAUAUAAAAAUUAGCAUUGAACUUGAGUAUAGAUGUGGAAAGAAAUUAACAAAAACAACCUGUGAUGACUAAGAAGAAAAGGGAAAAGUUGAGAUGCAUUAAAACUCUGCAUCUGGAGACUCUCUUAAGGAGAGGAGCAGGGUUUGCAAAGCACAGGAUUCACUGCUUUAGAAUAUUGAUUUAAUACCUUGAUGUGGUGUAACAGGGAAACUACUCAAGUAGAAAGUAUUUAGACAGUUGCCUGGUUUCCAUUCAGUAAGGAGGACUCUGGAUUAUUAAGACUGCUAGAAUAGAUUCAAAGAUUUUCUCCUUGCUGGUAAAGACUGCCUUGUGGUGGAAGGAACACCCUCUGGGUCGCCCUUCUCCCCAGCCUCCAAGAAUUUUGCCUUCCAUGACACAGCGCUGUAUAGCAUGGCUAUUUCCCAGGACUGCUGGGAAAGGCACUGACUGUAUUCACAGAAUCACAGAACACUCUGAGUUGGAAGGACCUCGAGAAUCAUCGAGUCCAACUCUUAAGUUGAAUGGCCUGUUUGGGGAUUGCACCCACAACGUUGGCGUUAUUAGCACCAUGCUCUAACCAACUACUGAAUGGCUUCCUGCUGAAACUUUUUUCUUUUAAAGAAAAAGCUUCCUAUGGUUAUUUGGCAUGCUGCUUCAAAACUUGAAGCGAUAAUUCAUGCACCCUCCACUGUCAAAACCACUGCAGAUAGUUACCAAAUUCACUGUUUUGAAUCAGUUAUGUUGGUUUUUGUUGGAACAGUAGUAAACAAAUCUAGUAAAUGAAUGCUGUAAAUUAUUUAUAUAUGUAUAUAUGGCAUAUAUAUAUAUAUAUAAAGAAAAGCAGUACUUUGACUAAGCUAUAGUUUGCAAGAUAUUGAUGGCAU